GUUUUGAGAUAUUUGAACUACAACUUCGAUAAAUAAAAAUAUUAGAACAAAUGGGGAAUUGACUUUCCAAAGUGUAUUUACCCCACGGAAGAGAUGAUAAAGUCGGAAAUUUAGCAUCCUCUGAAGUCGCUAAGCCUUGCAAAGGUAAAAAAUAAAUAAAAAAUAAGUAGUAUGAUUUUUUAUGGUUUAGUAUGGAAUCUGCUGGUAAAAUAACAAAAAGCGACUUUAAAUUGGACCGAAAAAGUGUGCUAAGUCCAGGCAACAAGAGUGAAAAGUAUGACAGUGACCAAGAGGUAAUCUCCCUCUCUGAAGAUGAAGACUGUGAGGAAUUGGUACAAGAUGAAAAUGCUUGCGCAAGUCGGGAUUUAAGAGGUUUGGAAGAGUAUUGGUCUGAAAUUGAAACGCUACUGCUAAUUAGGUUGUAUCUGGAACAUGAGGAAGAGCUAAAACGUGCAAAAAAAAAAGAAAUUAGUUUGGCAAGUUAUUUCGGAAAAAAUGAUGACUUAUUCGUUUAUUAAGAGUGCCCAUAGAUGUCACAGGAAAUGGUUAAAUCUGGGUCGGGCAUAUAGAAGGGCGUUAGACUCUAGAAACACAAACGGAGAAAAGUGCAAGUUCCGAUACUUUGACACCAUGCACAAAAUUUUAGGGUCGAGGCAGAUGGAAGAAGCAGAUUUGCGAGAUGUAAGUAGUGUGAAUGGUCAUGAGGAAAUUCCAAAGAAAAGAGUAAAAGUGGACUCAAAUGACAAGGAUCUCGGAGUAAAUACUCAAGAUGAUAGAAAUAGCGUGGAUCCAAUUAAGGGAGGGCAUGAUGCGAAGUCAAGACAUUCGGACGACAACUGGUCCAAAAAUGAAACGCUUCUGCUCAUUAGUUUAUACUCUGAACAUGAAGAGGAGCUAAAACAUGCCAAGAAGAAGAAAUUAGUUUGGCAACAUAUAUCGGAAGAGAUGAUGUCCCAUUCAUAUUUGAGGUCCCCCGAUCAGUGUCAACGAAAAUGGCUGAAUCUCUGUCGAGGUCACAGAAAAUUGAAAAAUAUGUCGGGUCGAGUAACAAAGGGUAGAGGGGGACAGCCUUUCAGAUACUUUGACGCCAUGGACGAAAUUUUGGGGACAAAAGAAGAAGCAAUAAAUUCCGGAAGUAUAAGUAGUCAAGCAAAAAAUUAUCAUGGUGAUAGUCCGAUCAGCUUUACGACUUCCGAAGAGGACAGUGAUUGGGACAAAGGAGGACAGAGUACCAAAUAUUCGCAAAAAAGACUGGAAAGAAAUUAUGCCCAAGAGUAUUACAAAAUGCGGUUAAAUGAAAAUGGAAUGAGGAAGGAAGAAAGUUUACGACGUCACAAUGAGUUUGUGGCGAUAGAGCGCGAAAAAAUCGAUAUUGAAAGAGAAAAGGUUGAAGUGUUGAAGCAAAUCCUUGCUCAUUUGAAAUGAGUAACAAUAAGCUCUAGUUAUUUUUAUUUAUAUAUAUAAUUAUUUGUUUAAUUACGUAAAUUUACGUUUGUGUAAUUGUGCUCCAAAGUAUUGA